UGUCGCUUCAAUCGCUAGCUUCGCGUAACGGCAAUUUUACUAUUUCCGACAAAAUUAAUUUUAUGUUCUGUGUGUGAUCGUUUACACUUUGUUUCGUACAGUGUGAGAGUAAUAAACAUUUCUACAUUCAGUAUCAUACUCCGUAUUUUCAAAAAGUAAAUGUGUUGCGCUAUGAAUGCUGAAGGUCUAGAAUACUGAAAUCAAUAUGUUUGGACAAACAGGAAAUCCUCCUUUUGGAGGGUUUAGUGCAACAACGCCGAGUAGUCCAUUCGCAGCAUCUGCUUUUGGAAAACCAAACGCCACUACAAGUUUUGGCACAGGAUCUGUUCCUGUGUUUGGAAGUGGUAAUGCUACUGUUUUUGGGUCAAAACCGGCAGUUUCUACAACCAGUCCCUUUUUUAAUACUGCAACUACAACUCCUGCAUUUGGACAACCUGCUACAACUCAUUCGUCUUUUGGAGGAUUCAAUACUACAAAUACAAACACAAAUUUGUUCAACACCCAGCAAAAUGCAAAUACUAAUUUAUUUGGAACUCGCAAUACGGCACCUGCUUUCGGCCAGUCGAGUACUCCAAGUUUUGGUUUUCCAUCUUCGACCAGCACCAGUCUUUUCGGUCAAACACAACAGCCAGCGCAACAAGUAACUCCUUUUGGGCAAAGCAACCCAGCCGGGAACACAAGUCUUUUCGGUUCUACGACAGGAUUCGGAAGCAAUACCGCCAUGGGAGGUAUGACUGGUACAGUAAUCAAAUUCACUGCUGUUACUAGUACAGAUACUAUGGUGAAAAAUGGAGUUACUCAAAAUAUUUCAACAAGACAUCAUUGCAUCACUUGCAUGAAAGAAUAUGAAAACAAAUCAUUGGAAGAAUUACGUCUAGAGGAUUAUACAGCCGGUCGUAAGGGAACUGCUCAAGCUGGACAAACUACAGGUCUAUUUGGCGCCACUCCUCAAGCUUCACCUUUCGCAAAUACAGCUGCAGGAGCAAGCUCAUCAACUGGCGCAGGUUUCGGAUCCAUGACGAGCGGAUUCGGAGCUAACGCGCAAACUGGUUCAACAAGUCUUUUUGGAAAACCAAUGACUGGUUUUGGAACACCAGCAACGACAACUAGUGCUUUUGCCUUCAAUCCAACAACAACGUCAAAUCUUUUUGGCGCCAAUCCUCAAGCAAAACCUUUUGGAACUGUUGCUCCAACUUCUUUAUUUUCGUCGACCAAUACUGGUCAGACAACAGGCGCUGGUUUUGGUGCUAUCAGUGGUGCACAGACAAGUGGUUUCGGAGCUUUUGGGUCGACACCAGCUAAUCAGGGGCUUGGAUUGUUUAAUCAAAACAAGCCAGCUUUCAAUGCUGCGGUUUCCACCGUUAGUAAUGGUUUUGGAGCAUUUGGACAAGCCGCACCAACAAAUACUAAUACUGGCUUCUUUGGCACUAAGCCAUCAAGUGCCACUGGAUUCGGUACGACGUCAACCUUUGGAUCUACAACGGCACCCACUUUUGGAACCGCCGCAGGUUUCGGUACAACACCAAACACUGGUACAUCUUUAUUUAACACGUCUUUUAAAUCCACAGGACAAACCCCGGGCUUUUCUUUUGGCUCAACACCUAUAUCUUCGAGUAACCUCGGUGGUAAUACAGGUUUAACUCUAGGAGGCGGGUCCAGUCUUUUUGGGGCACCAAAGCCAGGUGGUCUUUUUGGAAAUAGCAAUACAGGUGCUUCAUUUAACAGUAGUGGCACAUUUGGAGCCUCAACUGGUUUUGGGACAAAUACAAAUGCUACUCCUGGACUUGGCGGAGGCAUUAUUGGUGGAGGGUUAGGAACAAAUCAGACUCAACAGAACAGUGGAUCGGUAUUGAUGCAUCAGCAAAUUUUGGCGUUAGUAUCUUCACCUUUUGGUGAUUCGCCUCUGUUGAAAGAUCUCCAGCCUGCAUCUGGAAAAGCAGAAGAACUGUUAAAACCUACAAACACGUCGUCUCGAACUCUAAACAAUUCGCAGUAUAAAGUGGCAACAAAUAACAAUUCACCAAAGAUUAAAGCUCGAGCUGUUACUUCAACACAUUUAUCUAAGAAAUCUCUGUUCGAAGGACUUGAGGAAGAAGACCCGACAUUGUUGGAAGCUUUCCAGCCUCGCACUAACACAAAACGCUUAGUGCUCCGACCAAAACCAAUAGUAAGUCCACAAACGCAGACAACGGAAGAUGCAAAUUUGCAUAAUAAUGAUGAAGGAGGAAGAGAUGAAAAAGUGAAGUCUCCAUCUCAACUAUACAAUAAUGAUUCUGCCGACAAAGAGAAUCAUGAACAAGAUCAUCGAUCCAAUGAUGAUAGAAGAUCAUCCAUAUCAUGGUUAAAAUCUAGUCUCACUCGAAAAAAUAAGACUCCGGAUGAAGAUUUUGAAGGACACAGGUCUCCAUUUCGGAAUAUGGGCGGACUCGAUGAAGCUCUUGAAAAUACUGUUUCUGAAUUAAGACCUCACAGUGCUGCACAAAUUCCAUCAUCAUUGAAUAAUACUGCUACACCCAAUCAAUCAAGUAGCUCAAUCAACAUUUCUAGAACAGGGAUGGAUUCUACUGGUCACAGUAGUGAUUCAAGUCAUGAACUCGAAGAUACAUCUAACUUAGUGUUUCAAUCAGAUUACAAACCAAAUGCAGCUCACGUAACUCUUCGACGUGUGGGUUAUUAUACAAUUCCCGCUCUUGACCGAUUGGAGGAGUAUGUUAAGGGCGAAACAUGUAUUGUACCGAAUUUCACAGUGGCCCGAAAGGGUUACGGUAACGUUUAUUUUCCGGAUUCAUUCGAUGUUUAUGGAUUGAACCUAGACGAAAUUGUACAUUUUCGACACAAGGAAGUCAUAAUUUAUCCAGACGAUGAGAAAAAGCCACCUGUUGGUCAGGGUUUAAAUCGCAGGGCGCAAGUUACACUAGAUAAAGUAUGGCCACAUGACAAAACACUUCAUGAGCCAAUUACAAAUCCAGAACGUCUCACCGCAAUGAACUAUGAAGCUAAGCUUCGCAGAGUCUGCGCGAAACAUGAUACUCGCUUUCUUGAAUAUCGUCCAGAAACAGGAUCGUGGGUCUUUAAGGUUGACCAUUUUUCAAAAUACGGCCUUAGUGAUUCAGAUGAUGAAGACAAUGAUGUUCCUGAAGAUCCGAGAAUGAAAAAAUUCAAAAAUUCCAACACUAAAAUUCAGAAGCCGCCUGGAACAUUAAAACAGCACAUGAAACCGAUUCACGAGUUUUUUAGCAACGGACAUUCAGAUACAAAUGGAAUUAAUAAUGCACUAAAUAAAGUCAAAGACAUGGCUGACAAAUCUUUAUCUCUUCAACCUGACGCUAUAGAAGAAAUGGAAUUGCAAUCUACCGAAAAUUCUAUCUGCAAGGAUAACAUGAAUAAUGAAAGCCAACCAAUAUUAAGUCCAACUGCAGUUUAUGCUCGAAUUGAUUGCACGGAUAGUCACAAACUACUGUUGAUGAAGGCCAACUUUUUUGCAAUGAAUAACGAAGAAGUAGAAACUGUUGGCGAUUCCUUUACAAGAGGAUCAUUUAACAAAAGUCAAUUUGAUGAAAUUAAUGAGUUUAUGCAGGAGGAUAAAACAAUGUCUGUGGAAUAUAUUUCAACACUACGUUCGAAUACGAAUCUUCAAGAGCGUUAUACUUCACUGUUACCAUCGAAACAACAGUUAAAAGGUGAAAAAAUCAGUACCAUCGAACUUUUGACAAAGAGCUCGACUAAUAUUUUGAAAGUAUUACCAGUCCCAGUGGUAACUCCUGUGACAGUUGUCUUGAAGUUUCCAUCUGAAAUCAUUCCAUUACACAAAACCAUUGCCAGUAAACUACAAUUUCACUGUAUCGCCGACUGUGGUAUACAAAUGGGACGCAUGUUUAAACCGCGAUGGGGUCCUGGUUUGCAAUUGAUUACUUUAAAUACACAAAAGGAAUGUGAUAGAGCGGAAAGACAUGCACCAUUGAAACAGCUUGAAUCUUAUGUAUCGGGUCGCUCUGUGGAUGACAUGACAUCAAGUAUUGUCCAACGCUUGAAAAUUUUAGGUGGCUGUGAGAAUGAUAAUGACUAUGUCCAAAUGUUCAAGGAGAGUAUAGAGGGGCAUCUGCGUAUCGAGCUAGAUCAUUGCAUCAUCGAACAAGAAGAUGAUUGUCUGACCGUGAGUACCGGAGAAAGUCUUGAUGCUCUACAUGCUCAUUGUGCGUUGGCACAAGAACUCGCCAAUCGAUCAAAACCAGAUCGUUUAGCUCUGUAUACGCGGGACGUGUGGGAUCUUUGCGUUGCUCUUUGGGGAGAUCUUCCCGAUUUAAAGCCACAGGAAGUUUUCUUCAAGAUAUGUGUUUUUAAUUAUCCCCUCACAGAUAAGGCGGACUACCACAAUUCGAUGGUACGACGAGAAGCCUUGAGCGAGUGGUUCAAGAACGUAAUUGACAGUAGUGUGCAGGAUGCUAUUGCAAAUACUACAAACAAUGAUCGCAUAUUGUUACUUUUACUCUCUGCCAACGAAUUGGAAGAGGCAUGUAAGCUGGCACAAAAAGCAGGUGAUUAUUGCUUAGCGUUGAUAAUAGCUCAACUAGGCGGCUCCUCAGGCCCAAAGGAAUUAAUAAAACAGCAGAUCGCAUUGUGGCAAGAUAGUGAAGUUGAUGCACAUAUUGGAAUUGAUCGUUUAAAACUGUUCAUGCUCGCGGCGGGCAUACCACUUAUAUUUAGCAAACAAGGAGUCAUCAAUAUUUGUGAAGACUUCGACUGGAAGAGUGUUUUAGCUUUACAUCUAUGGUACCUAUCUCCUCCUAUUUCAUCGAUUAUGGAUGCAUUAGAACUUUAUGAAACAGCAUUUGACACAAGUUCUCCAGAACUUUGCGCAUAUGCACCAGAACCUCGCCCUGAAUAUAAACUUGAACACGAAGACGAUUACGAAACGGAAGUGACAAGUGGGAAAAAAGUUUAUGAUCUCCGAUAUCAUCUUUUGAAACUUUAUUGUACUGGAAAUCAUUCGUUAGAAGAGCUCCUCAAUCCAGCAACACACUCCGUUGACCCACUUGAUUAUAGACUAAGUUGGUUGGUACAACAAGUUCUUUUAUCGCUGGGAUAUUCUCACAUUUCGGCACAUGCAAAUGCAUUAACUCAUAUAAAUUUUGCUGCACAACUGGAAUCCUAUGAUUUAUGGCAUUGGGCUAUUUUCGUGGUUUUACACUUGAAAGAUACCACAAAACGGCGGCUUGCCAUAAUUGAUUUGUUGUCACGACACGUACAAUUAGAUGACGAUCCGGAGUACGUCAAACGAGAAGAAUUCUUGCGAGAAGAACUGGGUAUACCAUCGAUCUGGAUCAAUAAAGCCAAAUCUAUAAAAAGUUGUAUUGUAAAACGGUAUGGAGAAGCAGCUUGGUACCUUAUACAAGCAGAGCAAUGGAAUGAGGCGCAUGAGGUUAUCAUACAGCACUUAGCAGCUGAUGCAAUAAUUAAUGAAAACUACGAAUAUCUUAAGUCACUGUUGACUCCACUAGCGCAAACUGAAUGUACUAACACAAUCAGUGGAUGGGCACACCAGGGCCAGUUACUAUGGGAUUAUAUGUUAAUUACAGAAGAAAUGGAAACUCUUGUUCGCAGCUCUGACCGUUAUGGAAUCGGAUACAAGUUAGAACUACUACGUCCACAGUUAACUAGUCUCUGCGAUAAAAUUAAUCAAUUUCCAUGUUAUUCUUCAAAGCACAGAUUAUGCCAAGCGGAAAUUGCGAAAAGAACUUCACAUCUCGCAAGAAGUUUAUUAUUACUGGAAUCAAAGGGAUGCACAUCAAUGGUGAAAGUAUUGUCGCAUUUGGUUUCUGUUCUACCACUACCCGAAGAUUAUGCUCAGCAAGAAUUACGUUGCAUUACAAAUAUGUGUAUUAACGAAGUAGCCACGCACUGAAAAGUAUAGGACAGCAGAUUGUAAUUCAUAGCUCCUGUGCCUUUUCAUGAAACGCAAAUCAGUGUUUAAUAAAAUAGAAGCCAAAAUUAUUAACUGAUCCCGAUAUAAAGUACCAUUAAGUUUUCUCUUCUUCCCAAAAAAGUAAAGAAUGAAAUAUACAAUUCUAGACAUAAUUUGAUUAAGAAUUUAUGUAAAGUAAAAUUAAUCGACGAUACUUAUUAAUGUAUUACUGUCACUUCUUAUAUGUAAUUGUGUAAAAUUAAUGUAAAAACUGAUUAAAUGGGCAAGAAGUAUUUUCAGUUCAUUUAACCAAUCUUUAUACUUAUUACGUGACAUUUUUAUUAUAAUCUAUUUGAUCUAUUGUAUCUGUUUUUCUAUUCGUGGGACAACUUCCACAGAAACAAUAAAAAGCAGACUUGCCCCUGGCAAGUCUAUCGGUCUUGCCCUAA